GUUAGGUCACGUGUCAAAGUACUGACGGUGACGGGAUUGACGUCACUCGCGUCAGUUGACGUUGGUUGACACAAGGAUUAGGCGUGUACGGGUUCCAUUGCGUGUUCGUCGCAACGGUGAACAUCGUCAUGUGGAAGAAAGACAAUGUUCGCACCAUGAUCCUCGAGCGUUCGCGCGACCGACGUUAAGGUAACGCUCGACCUCCACUUCGUGAUGUCGCCAAUGUCGAUGUAUGUAUCAAGCUAGCAGCCUGAACGGCGAGCUCAUGCUGCUCGACGAGUUCACGUAAAUCCGCUCCGAGGCGAGACAGUUCCUGCGAGCGGGGGGGGGGGGAGUUGAGGUUCGCCGCCGUCCGGGUCCACGUCGCGGGUGUAGAACAUGAACAAGAGCCACGCGAAUAAGAGACUGAACCAGCUGCCGAGCUGGCUGUGGACCAACUCGACCACCCUGCCGCCGAUCUAUAAAAUGGUGUGGGAGGCGGUGCGGGAGGAUCGGGUCAGGUCGAAUGGCGUGCAGACCGAGUUGCUCGUCGACACCAACAAGGUGUUCCCGCUGUUGCUCACCAGCCAGCUGCCCACGGAGGUGCUCGGACAUAUAUGGAGCCUGGCCAACCAGAAGUACGCUGGACAGUUAACCGAGCAGGAGCUGUAUAUCGUGCUGGCUCUCGUGGCAGCCGCCCAGACGUCCUAUACCUUCAAUAGUCUCGACAUAUUGCAUUUGCUCCCCUUCCCGCCGACGCCCUACCUGAACAUAGAUUGCCUGAUGAAUCUGCAGCCUGCCUGCAUGCAGGCAAACGCCCUGAAGCUACAGCACUACGAGGAGCUCGGUAAUAGUAGCCUUGGGAUUGAUGGGAAGUACGUUCCUGACGUUAAGGGGAAAACUAGGGCUAGAGCCUAUGUGAACGCAGUGCCUGAUGCGAGUAUAUCCUUUUCCAGCAAUGCACUAGGAAAGUCAUCCAGUUUCGACAGCAAGGCUCAAAUACCUGGCGCAGCUGGGGGUACUUUCAAUAAUUUGUUUAAAGACAUAAGACAAAGUCAGCGUGUUCAAGCCGAUAUUCCGUCUGCAUCGUCUUUCGAUGAGUCCUGUGAUGAGUUUACAGAGUUUCAAAGCGCCCCGAUCCCCAGCGUCUCCGCAAUGCCGAUCUGGGACAGUAAGCAGGGUUCCGCGAUCGGUAGCAGACUCGCUAAUCAUAAUCUAGGAGUGAAGAAAACGGUUGACAAAGUCAAGAGAAACGCCGUCGGGACGAAAGUCGUGCAUAUCAAUACCCAAAUUCGCACUCCCGCACCCGCAAAUCUGUCAUAUUCGUGCAAGGAUCAGUCCGUGAUAGAAUCCACGUCCAACCUGUUUCCCAAAUGUGGAAUAAAGAAUCAAUCCAAAACAGUAAUACUUAAAGACACUGUGAUCAGAAAUAACGACACGCCUAAGGAUUACGGUGACAGUAUCAACAAUCUGGCGGGUAUAGCGGAACGUGUCAGCGGUGACAAAGAGGUAUUACCUAAAGUGGAGCUAACACCAAAGGCCGUAGAAAUGUCUGAUUCUGUUCAACGAGAUUUAAUGAGUUUGCAACAAGUCGAGGAUAAGUACAGCGCGUUGCGCGAACUAGUUCAGGAAACGUCCGUUGCAAACGAUGCGAGCUUAGAUUUAACUUUUAACAAUCAGCCGGCCGACGAAUUCGGGGAGUUCAUGUCGGCGGAACAGCCACCGGUUAAUCCCCCGAUAUCAGAUGCUUUGGAUACCGAGAGCUUUAGUAACAUGUUUGCGGAUUUUGAAUUUAAAACGCUGAACACUAACGCUGACAGUGGUAACUUAGCAGACUUGAACUUUGUAUCUGAAGUGUCUGAAUCGUUAAAUAAUCUAAAGCUUGACGACGGAAUCGAAGCACAGUUGGUAGAAGCAGGAAAGAAUGUUCAAAAAGAGGAUGCUAUCUCGAUAAAUAGUAUAGAGUUGAUUAGCGGUCCAUCCGAAGCACUGCCACGUUCUGGAUCUGUACCUAGCUUAGAUCUUAAAUCAUUUUUGCCUUCUAAUGUAGAGGAAGAACAAGUUAUAGAAGCUCCACAGCAGACUAUUUAUUGGGAAUGGAAGCAAUAUAUGGAAAGUUGUGUUUUGCUACUACAAGUUGCAGCCAAUAUAUUUACCAAUAUAACGUCGGAAUUAGUCCUACAGGAAGUUUUAAAUUCUGCCCAGGGAUAUAACUUUCUUUGCCAAUUAGCUGAAGUUGCAGCUGUUUGCAGACGCGUUAAUUUUUCAUACAAAGAGUUGGACAUAAAUAUUAUUGGAUUCGAUGAUCUUUUAAUGGACAUUGAUCGAAUCUGGGCUGAAAUGGAACCUUUUUAUGCAAACAUUCCGAUUGUUACCGAGCUCCCCGCUUGGCCGUUACAUCAGGGUGAAUGUGUACCCUGUUCUUUGUGCUUGACAGUCAUCACAAGUGGUCGAGUCGUGUAUAACGAUAAUAAUUAUCACGUAACAUGCGCGAAUUUAUGGCUCAAUUGCGUAAACAAUCAAUUGCCAGUGAUGCGAUACUCUUUACUUUGCCAAUCAGCUAUAUGCCCAGGAAGUCACAUUUAAAUACUAAUCUUCACAUUGCAAUGUUUUCAAAUGCAAAUUAUGAAUAUUCACAUACAGAUCUUAUUAAUGUAAUAUACAGAAAUUUACAUUAAAAAUCAUCUUUCAAAAUC